CUUGGGUUUACACUGGGGAAGCCGGAGGGAAACGCGAUGAUAGCCCGUUGGGGUUUCCCGGAGUUGGGUUCGGCGUUGGAAGCUGCCGUCCUGGACGACCCGUCGUCUCCCUAGGAGGAGAGGAAAGAAAGAAAGAAAGAAAGAAAGAAAAGGUUCCGUCCGGCUGGGGGUUUUAAAAGGGCCGCUUUUUCCUUUUGGCCGAAGCGAGAUUUCAGCCGCUUCUCCUCCUCCUCCUCGGCUCCGAAAGUCAAGCGCGAAAUCGUGGCCCGGAGCUUCGUGCAACCGCUCUGCUGCCGGCGCGGGGAGCGAAUCUUGGAGAUGCCAGGAUCAUUUCUUGCUUUAUUUUCAUGGUGGCAAUAAAAUAUCCUUACCGCCCCCUGCCAACCUGGACUAAUGAAUCUGCAGGAUAAAACAGAACUCUGUAUCGUGUAAACGAGCUGAUGGAUGAAGAUGAGAAGGACAGGGCAAAGAGGGCGUCACGCAACAAAUCAGAGAAGAAAAGAAGAGAUCAGUUCAAUGUCCUCAUUAAGGAAUUGUGCACUAUGCUCCAAGGACAUGGACACCCUCUCAAGAUGGACAAGUCCACCAUCUUACAGAGGACUAUCGAUUUUUUACAGAAGCAAAAAGAAAUCUCAGCCCAGACCGAAGCCUAUGAGAUUAGACAGGACUGGAAACCCUCAUUCCUUAGCAACGAAGAGUUCACUCAGUUGAUGUUGGAGGCAUUAGAUGGGUUUCUCAUUGCACUAACCACUGAUGGGAUUAUUAUUUAUGUAUCGGAUAGCGUCUCUUCGCUCCUUGGUCAUUUACCGUCAGAUUUGGUGGACCAAAAUAUAUUAAAUUUCCUACCUGAGUGUGAACAGAACAAUGUGUACAAGGAACUUUCGGCCCAAAUGCUUGUGACCAACUCAGUGACCUCUGAUUUUCUAAACGCUGAAAAACAGAUCGAGUUUUGCUGCCACUUAGCCCGAGGAAACUUGGAUCCGAACGAGCCCGUUACCUACGAAUAUGUCAAAUUUGUGGUGGAUUUCAAAAAGUUUUCCCAUGUGCCUGUGUCGUCCUUCAACGGCUUCGAGUCCCCCGUGGCACGUGCGUUCCGAUCAGUCAGUGACACCCAGGUCUGUCUAGUCGCAACGGUCCAUCUCAUUACUCCACAGUUCUUGAAGGAACUUUGUAAUGUGGAAGAAUCCUGUGAAGAAUUUAUCUCACGGCACAGCCUGGAAUGGAAGUUCUUGUUUUUGGAUCACAGAGCUCCACCAAUAAUUGGCUACUUGCCCUUUGAGGUUCUUGGGACAUCUGGUUACGACUACUAUCACGCGGAUGAUUUGGAACUUAUUGCUAGGUGCCAUGAACACUUGAUGCAAUUUGGCAAAGGCAAGUCCUGCUACUACAGAUUCUUGACCAAAGGCCAGCAGUGGAUAUGGUUACAGACCCAUUAUUACAUCACCUACCACCAGUGGAACUCCAAACCCGAGUUCAUUGUGUGCACUCACAUGGUUGUUAGCUAUGCUGAGGUUCGAGCGGAAAGGAGAAGGGACGUUGGCCUUGAGGAAUCUUCCAUUGAACUGGCCUCUUCAUCCUUAAAGAGUCAAAGGGAUUAUAUCAACACCCGACACUGCGUGCCCGCUAACCAAGAAGUCAGUCAUGAAGGGGUAUCCAUGUCUUCUCACAGCUCCCGCCGGUCUUCGCACACAGCGCUCUCCGACUCUGCAUCUACAUCAUCCAUACGACACACCGAUGCCAGCACUCCGACAUGGCAAUCCUUAUCAUUGGGGCCAUCAGACAAGGUCUCCUUACGGCUUGCGACAGGUGGCAACACCCAGGGCAUCAUAACUCCCUCGGACCAUCUUGUACCGCACCACGUGACGCAGCCGGCGGUCCCUGCAUCACAAACAUUGAUGCCAGGCUACCAUUUCUCAACGCAAAUGGGAAUGAUGCACCAGCUCAAGGAACAGCUGGAGGAGCGGACGCGCAUCCUGCAAGCUGACAUCAAGAUGCAGGAAGAGGAACUGCACGUAAUCAAGGAGCAGCUGCAGCUUGUGCAAGACUCCAAUUUGCAGAUGUUCAUGCAACAGUCCAUGCCUGUGGUCUUCAGCACCGUGCAGUCCCAACUGAGCCCAAGGCGGCAACCAACGGGAGCAACCUUAGGGAUCAAGCCAGCUGCACCCAAGAAGUCCCAACAGCAGCAGAGCAUCAUGGGAUCAAAGCAGUUUGGCGGUGCUCCCUUGGCCUCCCAGCCAUCCUUCCUCAGGGAACCUUGUGUCACAUCAAGCCAGGGGCAACCACAACAACGAAAACACGUUGUGAGAGGAAGCCAGAUCAAACCGGUGUGCAUGCCCAUUCAGAUGAGCAUUUCCCUACCCGUCUACAACAACCCUGUGGUCUUUACUCAAACCCACCCUCUCCCCGUGCCUUCUCCAAUGCCACCCGAACUGGGUGAGAGGCCACAACCACCUGAUUACAACCAAGAAGGAAACUUAAGGAUGUUGUUAGAUCAACCUGUGCAGUCAUUGAUGUCCAGCACGAGUGGGAACAGUCAGACCUCCCAAAGCAACACUAGUAGACAGCAGACCAAGUUUACUCAAGAGCCACAGAGUCUGCCUUCCGCCAUCCAGAUGCAACCCGUCACGUGCACGGACAUCCGAGCCCCUAUCCCAUCUCCUGGCUUCACCCCUUCUCUGAUGAUGCCCCAACCCAGCGUGACUGUCCCACAGAGCCAUCCAGCUGGCACCCUCCACCAGUGGACGCCGCAGCCUGUUCAACAACAUCAUCUUUACCUCCAGAUGCCAAGCGCAGCUGAACCGGGGCAGAACCAGCACUUAUUCCAGCAACCUCCCUUACCUCAACAGACUGCCACCCUGGGUUACUUCCACCACCCGCAGCCCCCCAGCCAUCACCUGCAAGGGCAGCCGUGCAGCCUACAAGACUUGCCUGAAAUGCAGCUGCCUUGAGGUUCUCCAAGGAGAGGUGGUCAUCACGUUUCCCUCAUGGAGGGCGGCGAAUCCCGAGCACCGAGUAAGAGAGCUUGGUUCCUCCUCAGAAGGCGGCAAGGCCGACCAUGAGAAGGAUGGAGAAGGAGCGGAGAGCUACAAGCUGGCAUCCUUUCUGCUUAGGAAACCGACUCCGCAGCACAAAAGGCAGAUAGCCUUGGCUGUUCAACCUCCACAGCUCCACAAGCGCAGGGAGGAAAGGUUAAGGGAGUUAAAGUUUGCUUCAGGAACUGUCCGUCAAUGUUAAGUUUGACAAGCAGACUAGAAUUAGGAGCUGGCAUGGACAAGACACCAGCAUGACCAGAAUGGUGGAACUCAAGGACUUGCAAGAAAUCACAAUCCUAAUAAUUGCAA